UUGUCAGUGAACAAAAUGGCAACCUACUGUCUCACUGUCGCCCGGCUCCAGCUGGCCCUGGGCCAUGGUGCACGGCGCCUGCAUGUAUCAGCGGCGUACAGAGCCAAGGCCAAUGUGUCUAUGAGCCGCUUUGAACCCACCUCCUUCAUCAACUACGAGAGGCUCCAAUCCAGUGUAGACAUUGUGCGAAAAAGACUCAGCCGGCCACUCACCCUGUCAGAGAAGAUCGUGUACGGCCACCUCGAUGACCCCCACAACCAGGAGAUCGACCGUGGCCGCACUUACCUGCGGCUGCGUCCCGACCGCGUGGCCAUGCAGGAUGCUACGGCCCAGAUGGCAAUGCUCCAGUUCAUCAGCAGCGGCCUGCCGAAGGUGGCUGUGCCCUCCACCAUCCACUGUGAUCACCUGAUCGAGGCCCAGAUUGGAGGAGCGAAGGAUCUGGCCAGAGCAAAGGAAAUCAACCAAGAGGUCUACAACUUCCUGUCCAGUGCUGGAGCAAAGUAUGGAGUUGGCUUCUGGAAACCAGGUUCUGGAAUCAUCCAUCAGAUCAUCCUGGAGAACUACGCUUACCCAGGAGUGAUGCUAAUUGGCACAGACUCCCACACACCAAACGGUGGUGGCCUUGGUGCCAUCUGCAUCGGGGUUGGAGGAGCAGAUGCUGUAGAUGUCAUGGCUGGAAUUCCCUGGGAGCUCAAGUGCCCCAAGGUGAUUGGUGUGAAGCUGACAGGCACCCUCUCAGGCUGGACGUCUCCUAAGGAUGUCAUCUUGAAGGUGGCCGGCAUCCUGACGGUGAAGGGAGGCACCGGAGCCAUUGUAGAAUACCAUGGACCAGGAGUCGACUCCAUUUCCUGCACUGGAAUGGCGACUAUUUGCAACAUGGGAGCAGAGAUUGGAGCCACGACCUCUGUGUUCCCCUACAACCACCGCAUGAGGACGUAUUUAGAGAAGACUGGACGUGGACAGAUCGCUGCCCUGGCUGAUGAAUACUCUGACUUGUUGGUGCCAGAUGAAGGCUGCGAGUACGACCAGCUCAUCGAGCUCAAUCUGGACGAGCUGAAGCCCCACAUCAACGGACCCUUUACCCCUGACCUGGCUCACCCAGUGUCUGAUGUAGGUGCUGUUGCAGAGAAGAACGGCUGGCCGCUGGAUGUUAAAGUUGGUCUGAUCGGCAGCUGUACCAACUCCAGCUACGAGGACAUGGGCCGCGCCGCCUCUGUGGCCAAGCAGGCUUUGGAUAAAGGCCUGAAGUGCAAAGCUCAGUUCACAGUCACCCCAGGCUCCGAGCAGAUUCGUGCCACCAUCGAAAGAGAUGGAUAUUCAAAGAUCCUUGGUGAUGUCGGCGGUGUGGUCCUGGCCAACGCAUGUGGACCCUGCAUUGGACAGUGGGACAGGCGUGACGUGAAAAAGGGAGAGAAGAACACAAUCGUCACUUCAUUCAACAGAAACUUCACUGCCAGGAACGAUGCUAACCCUGCUACACACGCCUUUGUUACCUCUCCUGAGAUUGUCACUGCCCUCGCAAUCGCCGGCACACUGAACUUCAACCCAGAGACAGAUUACCUCACAGCCCCCAACGGUGAGAAGUUCAAGCUGGAGCCCCCCAACGGAGAUGAACUACCCGCCAAGGACUUUGACCCAGGCCAGGACACCUACCAGCACCCGCCUGCUGACGGCCAAAGCCUUAGGGUGGACGUCAGCCCUGAGAGCAACCGGCUGCAGCUGCUGGAGCCCUUUGACAGAUGGAGCGGGAACGAUCUGGAGGACAUGAAGGUCCUCAUCAAGGUGAAGGGCAAAUGCACCACAGACCACAUCAGUGCUGCUGGACCUUGGUUGAAGUUCCGCGGCCACCUGGACAACAUCUCCAACAACAUGCUGAUCGGUGCAGUCAACAGCGAGAAUGAUGCCAUCAACAAGAUCAAGAACCACCUGACAGGGGAUUACGGAGGAGUCCCUGAUGUGGCCCGUCACUACAAGGCCAAUGGUGUGUCCUGGGUGGUGGUUGGAGAUGACAACUACGGUGAGGGCUCCAGCAGAGAGCAUGCUGCGCUGGAGCCCAGGCAUCUGGGAGGAAGAGCCAUCAUUGUCAAGAGCUUUGCCAGAAUUCACGAAACCAACCUGAAGAAGCAGGGUCUGCUGCCCCUGACCUUCAGCAACCCAUCAGACUAUGACAAGAUCCGCCCUGAUGACAAGAUCUCGAUCAGAGGACUCAAAACCUUCGCUCCAGGAAAGCCCCUCAGCGCCGCCGUGAAGCACAGCGACGGCAGCGAGGAGACCCUGGAACUGAUCCACAGCUUCAAUGAGACACAGAUUGAAUGGUUCAAGGCAGGCUCCGCCCUCAACAGGAUGAAGGAGCUGCAGCAUUGAAGAAGAGGAGUGGGGAGACAAAAUGUGGAGGAUCUGGAUUUUCAGGGGGAAAAUGGGGCGGUGAGGAUUGUGGGGAAGAAGAGGGAUGAAUGUAGAUCCUGUUAAUGAUUGUUCCAUCAUCUGCAUUUGCACACAGUUUGGACUGAAGUAACUCAAAGAGUUAAAUGUUGUCAGAUGGCUUCAGACUAAGUGCCAUGCUAAUGUUGAUGAAGGAACAAUUGCAACUGGUCUGUGGUCAGAUAUCUUUAAAACCUUCAUUUUUCAGUACAUAGCUCUUGAAGGUACGUUACGCUGCUGUGUUUCAAAGUCAAACAGUGAUAGCCAGUUACCACACAGACACACACACACACACACACACACAAACUUUUACCCACUAAGCUUUGACCCAAACAGUGACAUAACUCUGCCAGCUGAUGAGCUGCCGGUGUUUUUGAAGCUGUUCAAACAAGUUCAGUAUAACCUGGAAACCACUUCCUGCUGGAGCUCAGCCAGCUGAUCACACACACUCACCUUGUUGCUUUAGGGUUGUGUUGCACGCUGCAUGGCGAGAAUAAUAACUAUUGUCAUUCACCCUGAACAGGUAAACAUUGCUGUCGGUUGCAUUUCUGGGUCCAUUUGUUGUUUAGCACAGUUCUUGCAAUGAUCACACGGAUCCAAAGGGAACUUGUGGCCACACCAAUUCAUUCAUUCAUUUUGUCACUCACCAGCCCUCUCGUGGCCAGGAGGAAAUAUUGUAGUGUCUACAAGGGAGCUCACUAAUAUGAUCUAAUGCCCACUUAGAAAGCAGCACCUAGUGGACACAGCUGUUUUCUAGGGAUUGGUGAAAGGCAUUCUGGGUAAUCAUAUAAGUAUGUGAGGCAGUUUGAGAGCAGGUGGUCACCAAAAUACCAAAUUAAGUUAGCAUAGCGUAACUUGUCGGAUGAUUGAUUACUGUAUAUCUAACAGAACGUUUAUCGGUCAGUUUUUGUGUCCAUGUCUUUUAGCAAAGUGUCUUUAUCCAUCACAGUACAUACUGUCAGUGUUACAAAAGGCUUCAGAGAAUCAUUACAGACACUUCUUGAUAUACAGAAGGACUUAUAGGCUUUAAUACUGUGUAAGAAUACAGUACCAAACCCUCUUCUUCCCUGACACUACCACCAUCUUCAAGCUGCCCUCCUGAUCAAUCCUAACCUCUUUACAAGGUUAAAUGCAUCAUAUGGUUUUCCCAUUGUUUAUUUAUUUAUACUUUUUCUUGAAAAAAAGUUCAGGUCUUGUGAGUAUUUUACAUAAACACUUUGCUCAAAAUCUGUUUUCUUCUUGAACAGGGUUAAACUCUGACUUGUGUCCUCUUCCAUCCCAUAUUUUCAGGGCCCUUUUUGUAGGGUGACAAGUGACUUUUACCCUAACGAAACGAAAUCAGAUUCAACAAAAGGAAAGUAACAGCUCACUCAAUUUUACAAGUAGCAAUGGAGAAGAAGAAACAGAAGAAUGGCCACUUGCUUUAAUUGAGCAACGCUGCGACUCAUAAGAAACCCAGAUUACUGUGUCAGCUGGUUUUGGUCCUCUGUGCAUAUAAUUAACUGGAUUUCACGCCAAAAACCUCAACAUGGGCAGUCAGAUCAGAAACAAGACGGUUUUUGUCCUCAUCUUUACCUUUACUGCUCCAGCCAUUGCAAACAAAAUGCAAUUAAUCACAUGAAGUAAAUUAUACCACUCUUCCUCUAACCAGCUUUAUGUAAUGUGUCUGGUUCCAAGUACAUUUAAGUGUUUGUGUCUUUUUUUUGCCCCCAGAUUAUCUUUUCUGUGUUACAGAAAUGCCAAUGGGUUGUAAAAUAAAAAUUCACAGAUCUCAUUUAUGUUGGCUCCAGUGAUGUGACUAAAAUCUGUCCUAGGCUGAGUUGCUGGUAUUUAUAGAGAUACACAGCAAUAUACUGAUCCAUCGUCUUCGUUAAAACUCAGUGUAUUGUAUGUAUGCGAUAGGCCUAUGCAAGAUACACGUGAACAAAGCAUUAAAACUUAAAUGUGGUCAUAAUGA